CUUAUGCAUUUGUGGGUUCAAGUUGGUUUGUGUCUUUUCAAUAGUAUAAUCUAAUUUCUAUUUGUUAGCUAUAACCUGUAGAUUCUUCUCAUUUCCAUUUGCAUGUCACAUCUCUGCCGUCUUAUUCGGAAACUUCAACGAGAGAAAUGUAAGAUAAUUGAGCAUUUGGGUUGGCAAAGCUGAGCUUCAAUGUUGCGCUGGUUGUGUCGGUGGUUGUUGUUUCUUUUGGUUUGUUUCUAUUUAUCUCCCUUUUCUCAUUCUCUUCAAAAAGAGGAAGCCUUUGUUCCCAUAGGCCCUCGUAACAAAGAGGAGCACCCAACACAAACUCCCAAGUUAGUGGAACAACACGGUCGCAAACAUUGGAAGCCUCUUAACUGUACUCCAAACAAGGAAAAAGCAAAUUUAUUGGUACAGAAAGCAGCAGAUUCUCUGGAAACUCUUCUUUCAAGCCCAUUUUUCAAGCACGUAGAUGUGGAAAGUUGUCAAGAAUUUAGAGUUGUGGAAACGAAGGUCAAUGAAGAAGGUUUGAAUGUAAACAAUGGACAAGAAUAUAUCAAGAAAAGCUUUAAACUACUGGAAGACUUUCUAGACUCAAGUGGAGCAAAGAAGCACUUGGACAAGAUAAUAUUUCUUCGUGUUUGUUUUCCGACAGGUUCAGAUGGAGGACAGUUGAAAGUUAGUAUAGGUGUGCCAGUGUCACAAAAAGUAGAAAAACUGUUUCAAGAGAAAAACAAAAAUCCAAACAUAUCCCUUGUCACAUAUCCUGCAAAAACUCGCGUUGGUUUGGAAAUUCAUCAUGAUUUCCCUCUCUUAGGUCACGUAUCUAGAACUCGGAAAAUUAUGGACACCCGCAUAGUGUUUAUGGGUGCCAAGGCCUUGGAAAAUGUCUUGAAUGAGGCUGGACUACAGCCUGAAACGUCUAGUUUCUACUUUGUUAGCCACUCGAACCUGGAAAAGGUCGGUUUAAUGGAAAAUGAACUUUGGAUCGAUUUGGAAUAACAGUUAUUCUCCAUCCCUCAUAUUCAAUAAAGUUUUCGUUGUCCAG